AGCUGGUUAAGUUCCUUCCGGGUCAGUGAUAGAAGCGUGAGCUCCGUGGGGUAGUUCCUCGCAUUUUACUCUUCCCUGCGUCUUCCUUGUCCCAGCGCGAGGCGAUUGUCGUUUCGGCGAUGAGCUCACAGAAAGGGAACGUGACUCGUUCCAGGCCUCAGAGGCACCAGAAUACGUUUAGCUUCAAAAAUGACAAGUUUGAUAAGAGUGUUCAGACCAAGAAAAUUAAUGCAAAACUUCAUGAUGGAGUAUGUCAGCGUUGUAAAGAAGUUCUUGAAUGGCGUGUAAAAUACAGCAAGUACAAACCAUUAUCAAAGCCCAAAAAAUGUGUUAAAUGUUUACAAAAGACAGUGAAGGAUUCUUAUCAUAUAAUGUGUAGACCAUGUGCCUGUGAACUUGAAGUUUGUGCCAAGUGUGGAAAAAGAGAAGAUGUUGUUAUUCCGUUUAAUAAAGAGCCAGAAAAGACAGAAACUGUUGAAAAUAAUAUACGUUCCAGCCAUAGAAGAAGCUGCCGAAGGAAUGAAGAAAAUGAUGAUGAUUUAGAUUUUUAUAUUGACUUAGAUGACACCGAAGAAGACAAGUAAUAUAACUAUAUUAAAAGUCAGUUUUAAAACAUGAAAUUCUGACCAUCCUUUUAUAAAAUUUUUUUUCACUCUUUA